AUGGCUCAGUACCUGAACUCCCUGAAGCGCACAGUGCCGACAUCCAACGAUACCGGUGUUCUCGAGUUCCGCCGCCAAGGUGUCGAUUACGUCGACUUGAAGGACGGAGGACGUGUCUUUCUCCAACGCCAUUUCGAGUUCAAGUUCGAUCAAGAAACCGGAACCCUCAUCCAUGGGGGAAAGACGGCCAAGCACUCGUUCAAAGGUGAAGAUGGCAACGAGCACAAAGGCAUUCAGGACUGGCAAGCCAGUGACCGAGCAGACCAGGUUCUGUGGGCAAAUGUCCUCUCACAAACGUUCAAGGCUGGAAUCUGGACCGAACCUCACAAGGAGACCGAUCAAGAGUCAGGACGAAACACUGGGAGGGUGCUUGCCGCGUUCCGGAAGCCUCACUCAUCAGACAAUGCCAUCAAGUACGACGGCCGAGAGUGGGCCCCGCUUCUUGUUGUCGAUACUCGACACACGCUGUGGUAUCCUUCCGCCCUCCCUCUCAAUACUGACAGAUCCAUUGAUUGGGAAUCUACCGCACCGAUCCCUGAGGCGUUGCACCAAUGGAUGUCAGAAGGGAGAUACAUCCCGGUGUCCGGCAAAGAGGGCGGGGAGCUACUCGAGGCGUUAUUUGCGAGCUUACAGAGGAAGGUGGCGAGCGGCCAGAAUGUUGCGUCGAGCAGCGACUCGCUCGGCGACGCGGCCGAAGAGGACGACACAUCCAGAAGCGCCACUCUGCCUGAAGUCCGAGAGUUUGCAGAUAUGAACACCUCAUUCCUCAUCUCGGUUAUCUCGCCACCAGCAGAUGAAACCCGCCAGACUGCUUGCUCGGCCACUCAUUUCAGCCGCCGAGACCUGUUGCACAAGAGAGCUGCGCUAGUCAGGCCCAGCUGGAAUCUCAUGGAGUCUCCGAGCGAGCGGUUUCUGAGCAUAUAG